AUGGAGGGGGAGCGCGACACAGGCGGCGGCAGCAGCAGCAACCGGUACUAUGUACGUUACGCUGAGGACUCCACACCCGCUGUGAGCACGCUGGAGAGUGAACACCACAGCGCCACAGAUUCUUCGUUCAGGCCUGGACUGGGCGGAGGCGUCAUCGACCCGAACGACGAUGCGCUGCUGGACGGCCACUUCGAUGAUGAGGAGAUGAGCAACAGCGCGGCGGCUCUUGUGCAAUACUCCGCUGCUUCCGAGUCCGAAGGCGGUGAGAAAACGCUGACGGAAGAUGGCAGCCGGCAGCACGAGAGAAUGUUGUACUCAGGCAUGUGUCACACACCGCCCACAAAUGCGGUGUUCAGUUUUGCCCGGCCACUUAGCAAAGGGUCGCAGUGGCAAAGUGCUCCGAGGGAGCGGUGCAGCUCCGUGCAUAUAAUCGCCAUUUCCUCCGCGACGUCGGAUGGGACAAUGAUUGACCACGGCGCACUAACAGACCAGGUGGUGGUGCAGACGCCGGUCCGCCGACAAAAGUCGCGUAAAGAGGUGGUGAAAGCGUAUUUAUCACAGUCAGCCAAGGGUGGCCGCUAUUUGACCUCUUGGAACGGCACCAGCAUCCGCAAAUCAUUUGCCAGCCCCCACAGAGAAAAGAGCAACAACCCUAACCAUGGCCGUGGUGGGAAUCAUGCAGGGACUUUUCGUUCCAACAGCUGCCCCGUGAGCCAUGGAAGCAUGUACACACCAUGCACAUCACAGGAAAGCCUGCCGGUGACGCUCUCAUAUUUCCCAUUGGAGCGGCGCUCAUCUCCUGCCUGUGGCAUGGGACGCAGCAGGAGUGCGGAUCCAAAAACGGGUUCCGAGAGCAUGCUCCAGUACCGCCUCGCCGUCAUGCAUGCGAAGAAGGGAAAAUAUGCCUUCAGUAUCCGAGAUCUUUUAGCGAACUGUGAUGGUGGCGAUGAUGAUGAUGAUGAUGAUGAUGAACAAGAGGAAAGUACUGCUAUGUGUGAAAGUUAA